AUGGGGCCGGCGUGGGUGCUGAGCCUGGCUGGGGUGCUGAGCCUUGCUGGGGCGCUGGCGGGUGACAGUGGGGCGCCGCGAGCGGUGACACCGGCGGCGCUGGACAUGGGGAGCACCGGCAGCAGCGGGGGGGACCCCUUGGGACACGGCCGGGGUCUGGAUUGCAGGGAGGUGAGGAAGCGCAACAGCUCCGAGUGGUGCCGCUUUGUGCGGAGCAACCCCGACUGCCAGCUGGACGGCGGCUUCCUCGACUACCUCGGCGGCGUCUUCUGCGUCUUCCCCGCGGGGCUGCUGCCGCUGGCCAUCGCCCUCUACGCCCUGUGGCUCCUCUACCUCUUCGUCAUCCUCGGCGUGACGGCCGAGAAGUUCUUCUGCCCCAACCUGUCGGCCAUCUCCACCAACCUGAAGCUGUCUCACAACGUGGCUGGUGUCACCUUUCUGGCCUUCGGCAACGGGGCGCCCGACGUCUUCAGCGCCGUGGUGGCCUUCUCUGACCCGCGGACGGCGGGGCUGGCCAUCGGGGCCGUCUUUGGCGCCGGCGUCUUUGUGACCACGGUGGUGGCCGGUGGCAUCGCCCUGGUCAAGCCCUUCACAGCCGCCUCCAGGCCCUUCCUCAGGGACGCCAUUUUCUACAUGGUAGCCGUCUUCCUCACCUUCCUCGUCCUCUACCUGGGCCACAUCACGCUGGGAGAGGCGCUGGGUUACCUGGGGCUCUACGUCUUCUAUGUCUUCACCGUGGUGCUCUGCACCUGGAUUCACCGCAGGCAGCGUGGGGACGGGCUGGCCCCCCCCGGACCAUGGGAGCCAGAGAUGCCAACGGAUGGUGAGGAGCGGGAGUCCUCAGGCACCAACAGUGGAGACUACGGCGAGGAGUACCGGCCCCUGCUCCCCUACCGCGAGACUUCCCUGCGCAUCCUCGCCACCGCCCUCAGCCCCUUGGACCACCGCAAGUGGAGGAGGAAGCCCUGGUACUGGCGGCUCUUCAAGGUCUUCAAGGUCCCUGUGGAGCUGGUGCUGCUGCUCACCGUUCCCGUGGUGGACCCCGACAAGGACGACCUGAACUGGAAGAGACCCCUCAACUGCCUGCACGUUGUCACCAGCCCCCUGCUCUGCAUCCUCACCCUCAAGUCGGGUGCCUAUGGGCUGUACCAGAUCCAGGGCAUCUUCCCAGUCUGGGGAGUGGUCAUGCUGGUUGGCUCCGUCCUGGCCAUCAUCAUCUUCCUCACCACGACCAACGAGGAGCCGCCCAAGUACCACUGUGUAUUUGCCUUCCUCGGCUUCUUGGCCAGCGCCAUGUGGAUCAACGCCGCAGCCACGGAGCUGGUGAACAUCCUGCGGACCCUGGGCAUCGUCUUCCAGCUGAGCAACACGGUGCUGGGCCUGACGCUGCUGGCCUGGGGCAACAGCAUCGGGGACACCUUCUCCGACCUCACCAUGGCACGGCAGGGCUAUCCCCGCAUGGCUUUCUCCGCCUGCUUUGGGGGAAUCAUCUUCAACAUCCUGGUGGGCGUAGGACUGGGCUGCCUGCUGCAGAUGACGAGCAGCCAGCUGGUGGUGAAGCUGGAGCCCGACAGCCUCCUGGUCUGGAUCCUGGCCGGAGCCCUGGGGCUGAGCCUGGUCUUCUCCUUCGUGGCGGUGCCCGCACAGUGCUUCCAGCUGGGCAAGGCGUACGGCAUCUGCCUCAUCCUCUACUACCUGGCCUUCCUCUGCGUGGCCCUGCUGACCGAGUUCAGGGUGAUCCGCCUGGCCGCCGCCUGACCGGCCCCGCAGUGCCGCUGUCCCUGCCCUCGGCAUCACGCGCCCACUUCAGCCUCGGCUUACUUGUAUGUUUUGAGAAGGGAAAAGGAGGCGUUAGGCAGUAGCCGUGUCCUCGCCCCGCUCUGGUUAACCUCGGUUAACUCUGAACAGGGACGAGGUGAAAGGCUCAGCCACCCCCGGGCGCAAGGGACCGGAGCAGCCGCAAGAGAGGUUGCUCCUGGGCACCCGCUUCCCUACCCCGUCCCCGUCCCCCUCCUGGGGCUGGAGGACACGCUACGUGGGGAAACUGCAAAGUAAAGGCUUGAGUACAAUUUUGGGACUGUCGUUGCAGAGGGCAGUGAGUAUUCGUAACGUGGGGGGGGGAGAACAGAAGAGGGGUUGAGGUGAGGCGAGGCAGCAGGGCAGAGUGCAAGCAAAGCUGGAAAACAGCCCACAGGAGGCUGGUUUCUCCUCUUUUUUUUUUUUUUUUUUAAAGCAAUGUUUUUCAACCUGCCUUUAGGAAUACUUCUGCUCCUGAGAGCGCAGACAGAGCUGUAGCAAAGGACUUGGUGCAGAGGUUUCCACGCACACUGUUAGCCUCUGGCAAAGCUAGGUUUAGACACUGUAAGAGGAAAAAAAAAAUUAAUUGCAAUUAAAAACCACACAACCUC